AUGUCGAACCAGUCGUCAAUCCUUCAAUUUUUCGGGCCCCAGAAGAGACUCCGCGCCGAAAUGGAGGACGAGUCUUGUCCCCCCUCGUCUGAUGAGGGCGGCGAUGAGUCGGGUGACGAGCGUGCUCAAGCUGAAGGAGCUGAUCUCCCUGACGACAUUGAUCAGGAGCUCUCUCCGCUAGACGACGAGGGAUUCUCGUCCGAGUCCGAUACGUCUCCCCUCGAGUACAACCGUCUCCGCAAGUUUGCUCGUCCCAUACGCCCGUGUUCGUUGCUGAUAUCUCGAGGUCUGCGGAUCAAGACCCGGUGGUUCCUCCGGCGCCCCUGA